AUGGCGAUUUUGGCCUCCGUGAGCGAGGACACGGGGGAUUAUGUCGUGGUGGAGCAUGCCGACGCCGUCGCCGCCAUGAGUCACUUCAUCGCCGCCUACAUCGAGCUGCGCAAGGGGCGCGUCCGGCGGCUGCUGGACUGGGGCCGUACGAUCUACAGGGCGGUGGCGGUGUCGUACGGCGCCUUCUCAGCCUACACCAACCCCUGGCUGGCCAAGGCGGUGCUGACGGCGCUGCUCACCGCAGUGCGCAUGCUGGCAGGUCUCGUGGUCCUGUGA